AUGCGUGGCGCUCCAGACCUCGGACUAGGAGUCCAGCUCCCUCACCCGUCCGCCUCUGGUCUGGAACGGAGCCCCCGCCAGCUCGUCUGGAUCCGGCCUGGUCCGGACGCUGCAGAUCAGAAAUGUCUCUGA